CGCCGCCACCCCCGCCCCCGCCGCCGCCGCCGCCGGGAGUCGCCGGGGCCAACGCGCAGUUCACGGCGCGCGGAGGGCGGGGGAGCAGCGUCGGGGGCCACGGGAGCUGCCUAGAGGAGGUCGGGGUUGGGCUUUCUCCUCUGCCAGACCCCACCCCACCCCGCCGCUCCCACCCCCUGCUCCUUCCUUCCCGGGGGCGCGCGCUCGGGCACGCGCUCGGAAGUCGGGGGUCUGCGCGCAGUGCGGGCCGUGUCUGGGGUGGGUGAGGGAGGCGCGGGGGCGGCGGUCAGCGAGCCGCUCGGUCCUCGCUAGGGGCGCCCACCGGCCGGUCUCUCCGGCGCGAGCCGCCGCCACCAGAGUCCGGCCCCUGAGCCACCAGGCUCAGCCCGCGGAGCGGCGGGGAGCGCCGCUAGGGGAGAGGAUCGCGCCGGCGCCCUCGCCUUUGCCGUGGCCCAGCGCGCGGGCGGCGGGAUGAGCGGCAGCGAGCGGGCCGCGCCGGCCCUGCGGCCCCGGGGGCGGCUCUGGCCGGUGCUGGUAGUGCUGGCGGCCGCCGCGGCGGGCUGUGCCCGAGCAGCCAUGGACGAGUGCGCGGACGAGGGCGGGCGGCCGCAGCGCUGCAUGCCCGAGUUCGUCAACGCCGCUUUCAACGUGACCGUGGUGGCCACCAACACGUGUGGGACUCCGCCCGAGGAGUACUGUGUGCAAACCGGGGUGACCGGGGUCACCAAGUCCUGUCACCUGUGCGACGCCGGGCAGCCCCACCUGCAGCACGGGGCAGCCUUCCUGACCGACUACAACAACCAGGCCGACACCACCUGGUGGCAAAGCCAGACCAUGCUGGCUGGGGUGCAGUACCCCAACUCCAUCAACCUCACACUGCACCUGGGAAAAGCUUUUGACAUUACCUAUGUGCGCCUCAAGUUCCACACCAGCCGCCCAGAGAGCUUCGCCAUUUACAAGCGCACGCGGGAAGAUGGGCCCUGGAUCCCUUACCAGUACUACAGUGGCUCCUGCGAGAACACCUACUCGAAGCCAAACCGUGGCUUCAUCAGGACAGGAGGGGACGAGCAGCAGGCCUUGUGCACCGAUGAAUUCAGUGACAUUUCUCCUCUUACUGGGGGCAAUGUGGCCUUUUCAACCCUGGAAGGAAGGCCCAGCGCCUACAACUUUGACAACAGCCCUGUGCUUCAGGAAUGGGUAACUGCCACUGACAUCAGGGUAACUCUCAAUCGCCUCAACACGUUUGGAGAUGAAGUGUUUAACGACCCCAAAGUUCUCAAGUCCUAUUAUUAUGCAAUCUCUGAUUUUGCCGUGGGUGGCAGGUGUAAAUGUAACGGACACGCAAGUGAGUGUGUGAAGAAUGAAUUUGACAAGCUGGUGUGUAACUGCAAACAUAACACAUAUGGAGUAGACUGUGAAAAGUGUCUUCCUUUCUUCAACGAUCGUCCGUGGAGGAGGGCAACUGCUGAGAGUGCCAGCGAGUGCCUGCCCUGUGACUGCAGUGGUCGAUCGCAGGAAUGCUACUUUGACCCUGAGCUAUACCGUUCCACUGGCCAUGGUGGCCACUGUACCAACUGCCGGGAUAACACAGAUGGCGCCAACUGUGAGAGGUGCCGGGAGAACUUCUUCCGCCUUGGAAACCACGAAGCCUGCUCUCCAUGCCACUGUAGUCCUGUUGGUUCUCUCAGCACACAGUGUGAUAGUUACGGCAGAUGCAGCUGCAAGCCAGGAGUGAUGGGUGACAAGUGUGACCGUUGCCAGCCUGGGUUCCAUUCGCUUACUGAGGCAGGGUGCAGGCCAUGCUCUUGUAAUCCUUCGGGCAGCAUAGACGAAUGCAAUGUUGAAACAGGAAGAUGUGUCUGCAAAGACAAUGUCGAAGGCUUCAAUUGUGAGAGAUGCAAACCUGGAUUUUUUCAUCUAGAAUCAUCUAAUCCUAAGGGUUGCACACCCUGCUUCUGCUUUGGACAUUCUUCUGUCUGUACAAAUGCUGGUGGCUACAGUGUUUAUUCUAUAUCCUCUGCCUUUCAAACUGAUGAAGAUGGGUGGCGUGUGGAACAGAGGGAUGGCUCUGAAGCAUCUCUCCAGUGGUCCUCUGAGAGGCAAGAUAUUGCUGUGAUUUCAGAUAGCUACUUUCCUAGGUACUUCGUUGCCCCCGCAAAGUUCUUGGGCAAGCAGAUGUUGAGUUAUGGUCAGAACCUCUCCUUCACGUUUAGAGUGGACAGGCGAGAUACCCGCCUCUCUGCGGAAGACCUUGUGCUUGAGGGAGCUGGCUUAAGAGUAUCCGUGCCUUUGAUCGCUCAGGGCAAUUCCUAUCCAAGUGAGACCACUGUGAAGUAUGUGUUCAGGCUCCAUGAAGCAACAGAUUACCCUUGGAGGCCUACUCUUACCCCUUUUGAAUUUCAGAGACUCCUAAACAAUUUGACCUCUAUCAAGAUCCGUGGGACAUAUAGUGAGAGAAGUGCUGGAUAUUUGGAUGAUGUCACUCUGACAAGUGCUCGUCCUGGGCCUGGGGUCCCUGCAACUUGGGUGGAGUCCUGCACCUGUCCUGUGGGAUAUGGAGGGCAGUUUUGUGAGAUGUGCCUCUCAGGUUACAGGAGAGAAACUCCGAGUCUUGGCCCAUAUAGUCCAUGUGUGCUUUGUACCUGCAGUGGACACAGCGAGACCUGUGACCCUGAGACAGGUGUUUGUAACUGCAGAGACAAUACGGCUGGCCCCCACUGUGAGAAGUGUAGUGAUGGGUACUAUGGAGAUUCAACCAUGGGCACCUCCUCUGAUUGCCAACCCUGUCCAUGUCCUGGGGGCUCAAGUUGUGCUGUUGUCCCCAAGACAAAGGAGGUGGUGUGCACCAAUUGUCCUACUGGCACCACUGGUAAGAGGUGUGAGCUCUGUGACGAUGGCUACUUUGGAGACCCUCUGGGUAGAAACGGUCCUGUGAGGCUUUGCCGCCUGUGCCAGUGCAAUGACAAUGUCGAUCCCAAUGCAGUUGGAAAUUGCAAUCGUUUGACAGGAGAAUGCCUGAAAUGCAUCUAUAACACUGCAGGCUUCUAUUGUGACCGGUGCAAAGAUGGAUUUUUUGGAAAUCCCCUGGCUCCCAAUCCAGCAGACAAAUGCAGAGCCUGCGGUUGCAAUCCCUAUGGGACAGUGAAACAGCAGAGCAGCUGUAACCCCGUGACUGGGCAGUGCGAGUGUCUGCCGCACGUAACUGGCCGGGACUGCGGAGCUUGUGACCCUGGAUCCUACAACCUGCACAGCGGGCAAGGCUGUGAGAGGUGCGACUGCCAUGCUCUGGGUUCCACCAAUGGGCAGUGUGACAUCCGCACUGGCCAGUGUGAAUGCCAGCCUGGCAUCACUGGUCAGCAUUGUGAGCGCUGUGAGGUCAACCACUUUGGGUUUGGACCUGAAGGCUGCAAACCCUGUGACUGUCAUCCUGAGGGGUCUCUUUCACUCCAGUGCAAAGACAACGGUCGCUGUGAGUGCAAAGAAGGCUUUGUGGGAAAUCGCUGUGACCAGUGUGAAGAGAACUAUUUCUACAAUCGGUCUUGGCCUGGCUGCCAGGAAUGUCCGGCUUGUUACCGGCUAGUGAAGGAUAAGGUGGCUGAACAUCGAGUGAAACUCCAGGAAUUAGAGAGUCUCAUUGCAAACCUUGGAACUGGGGAUGAGAUGGUGACAGAUCAAGCCUUUGAGGAUAGACUAAAGCAAGCAGAGAGAGAGGUUAUGGACCUCCUUCGUGAGGCCCAGGAUAUCAAAGAUGUAGACCAAAAUUUGAUGGAUCGCCUCCAGAGAGUGAAUAACACUCUGUCCAGCCAAAUUAGCCGCUUACAGAAUAUACGAAAUACCAUUGAAGAGACUGGAAACUUGGCUGAACAAGCACGUGCCCGAGUGGAGAGCACAGAGCAGUUGAUUGAAAUUGCAUCCAGAGAACUUGAGAAAGCGAGAGUUGCUGCUGCCAAUGUGUCAGUCACUCAGCCAGAGUCUACGGGGGACCCAAACAACAUGACUCUCCUGGCAGAAGAGGCUCGAAAGCUCGCUGAACGCCAUAAACAAGAAGCUGAUGACAUUGUACGAGUGGCAAAGACAGCCAAUGAUACGUCAACAGAGGCAUAUAAUCUGCUUUUGAGGACAUUGGCAGGAGAAAAUCAAACAGCAGUUGAGAUUGAAGAGCUUAAUAGGAAGUAUGAACAAGCAAAGAACAUCUCACAGGAUCUAGAGAAGCAAGCUGCCCGAGUGCAUGAGGAGGCCAAGCAGGCUGGUGACAAAGCUGUGGAGAUCUACGCCAGUGUGGCUCAGCUGACCCCUGUGGACUCAGAGGCACUGGAGAAUGAAGCAAAUAAAAUAAAGAAAGAAGCUGAGGAUCUGGACCGUCUGAUUGACCAGAAGUUAAAAGAUUAUGAGGACCUCAGAGAAGAUAUGAGAGGGAAGGAAUUUGAAGUAAAGAACCUUCUGGAAAAAGGAAAGACUGAACAGCAGACUGCAGACCAACUCCUAGCCCGAGCUGAUGCUGCCAAGGCUCUUGCUGAAGAAGCCGCUAAAAAGGGACGGAAUACCUUACAAGAAGCCAAUGACAUUCUCAACAACCUGAAAGAUUUCGAUAGACGCGUGAAUGAUAACAAGACAGCUGCAGAGGAGGCCUUAAGGAAGAUUCCUGCCAUUAACCAGACCAUAGCUGAAGCCAAUGAAAAGACGAGGGAAGCACAGCUGGCGCUGGGCAACGCCGCAGCAGAUGCCACGGAGGCCAAGAACAAGGCCCACGAGGCAGAAAGGAUCGCAAGCGCUGUCCAAAAGAAUGCUACCAGCACCAGAGCAGAAGCUGAACGAACUUUUGCAGAAGUUACAGAUCUGGAUAAUGAGGUGAACGAUAUGUUGAAGCAACUACAGGAGGCAGAGAAAGAGCUGAAGAAAAAACAGGAUGAUGCUGAGCAGGAUAUGAUGAUGGCAGGGAUGGCUUCCCAGGCUGCUCAGGAAGCUGAGAUCAAUGCAAGAAAAGCCAAAAACUCCGUCACCAGCCUCCUCAGUAUUAUUAAUGACCUCUUGGAGCAGCUGGGGCAGCUGGACACGGUGGACCUAAACAAGCUAAAUGAGAUCGAAGGCAGCCUGAACAAAGCCAAAGAUGAAAUGAAGGUCAGCGAUCUUGAUAGGAAAGUGUCAGACCUGGAGAACGAAGCCAAGAAGCAGGAGGCUGCCAUCAUGGACUAUAACCGAGACAUUGAGGAGAUCAUGAAGGACAUUCACAAUCUGGAGGACAUCAGGAAGACCUUACCAUCUGGCUGCUUCAACACCCCGUCCAUUGAAAAGCCCUAGCAUCUUUAGGGAUGGAAGGCAGCACCCCUGUGACAGGGGAGCAGUUGUGAGGCCACAGAGUGCCUUGACACAAAGAUUACAUUUUUCCGACCCCCCACUUCUAUGCUGCUCUCCAUCACUGUCCUUUUGAACCAGGAAAAGUCACAAAGUUUAAAGAGAAGCAAAUUAAACAUCCUGAAUCAGAAACACAAGGUUUUAUCUAAUAAAGUCUCUCUUCCACUCACGUUGUUACCUUACCCACACUCUCCCUUCUGAUUUGUGUGAGGACGCAGCAUCCAGUGUUACCGGGCAGCGGCAUAACCACAUCGUGCGAACCCUUGUAUGCCAGGGCGAGCAAGUAGCCCUCCCCCUCUCACGGACACCAGCAGAGCUCCUCAGUCUCAGUACUCUUGUUUCUAUGAAGGAAAAGUUUGGCAAUGUGAUGGCCAGUAUAUCCAGUGCAUGGAUAAAGAAAAUGCAUCUGCAUCUCCUGCCCCUCCUCCCUUUAAGCAAAAGGAAAUAAACAUCCUGUGCCAAAGGUAUUGGUCAUUUAGAAUGUCAGUAGCCAUCCAUCAGUCAUUUUAGCUAUUUUGAGUAUAGGACACUGAGCCAUCCACGGGUAAGGAUGCAAUUAUUUAUGAAAGUCUUCAGGAGAACAUGGCUGAAGUAGACUGAAGAUUUUCUCAUAUGUUAAUAAUUGACUAGGAAGAUAAACUUUUUUUUUCAGAUCUUUGGGCAGCUGAUAAUUUAAAUCUGGAUGGGCGGCUUGCACUCACCAAUAGGCCAUUAGACGUCUUUUGAUGUUCUUAUAAAUGGAACUUAUACAGAAGAAAUAGGGAUACAAUAACCACUAAAGCUUUUUUCAAAAUCAAACUAAUUACUUAUAGCUUUUGUAGUAUGUUAGUCUUGAACUAGUGUUAAGUUAUCUGGCAGAGAACAAUUGUUUCUUAAGAUCUUGUCAAACAGAACAAAAGAACAGGAGUCUUUCCUAGCAAGGGGAUAAAACUUAGAUGCAACUUACGUUGUCAGGAUGCCAUAUAUCCAUUUUUUCUUCUAUUGGAGAGUGAUGAAACAUUUGACACUUAGCUCCAGUGUUCUUCUCAUAUUGUCAUAGAAGCCCUCAAAACACAUGGUUGUUUGCCAAAUCCUGGUGGCAAAUACUUGCACUAGCAUUUCACACAGCUGCCAACACCAACUCAUUCCUGCACUUUGUGAUUUAAACCCACUCCACACCUUCCCUCUGAGUGUAGAGGGAAGACCCUUAUGUGGAGUUUCCUAGUGGGCUUCUCAACUUUUGAUCCUCGGCUCUGUGGUUUUCUUUUAAGACCACAGUGUGACAGUUCCCUGCCACACACUUCCUCCUACCAACCUGCCUUUGAGAUUCACGUAUAGCCUUUAACACUAUGCAACUUUGUAUUUUGCGUAGCAGGGGAAAGAAACUAUUAUCUGACACACUGGUGCUAUUAAUUAUUUCAAAUUUAUAUUUUUGUGUGAAUGUUUUUGUUUUGUUUAUCAUGAUUAUAGAGUAAGGAAUUUAUGUAAAUAUACUUGGACCUAUUUCUAGAAUGGCACUGUUCACUUCUUGGCUUCAUUUUUCUUCUUACUGGCACGAUAUUUCUGUACACAUCCUUCCCUCCCAUCUAGAACUCUUUGGAUUGUAUUUGCUCCCCAUUACUUUGCCCUCUGCCUUGUGUUUGCAGCAUCUCCAUUCUCUAACAUGAACAUCAACCUGCUGUCCUCCAUACUCAGCCACUGUAAAGAGCCAACAGGGACCCUCUUCCGUUACAGUCCUGAUGAUCCUAAACUGCGGCACGAUAUUGUUCUUCCUGCAUCUUCCAGAGCCAGAAUGCCAGGUUGACAGGGUAUGGUGGGAUUAGGGAAGUUGGCUGAAGGCGGAUCUUCAGUACCACCAUAGGUCUCUCCAGAAAUGAGCUAGAAAUGCCCUUUCUGGCAGUUUGAGCUGGAUGGGUCAAUUUCAUAAGGGGGUGCAUUAUUACUGAGCACUUUCAGGGUAUCAGGACCAGUGCUGCUGGUGGGUAGGCUGGGAGAGGUGGUCUGUCUUAGUUCUUGAUGAUCCCAGUUCCCAUAUCCAUCUCCUCGGGGCUACCAGAGUUACCGCAGAUGUUCUCACUUGGCACACCUCUGGGUUCUCACUCUUGCUUCUCUCAGGCCUCUUCUGUCACAGGAGGUUUGGCUCUUUCUUGCCCAGUUUUCACAUUAUUGUCUGCUGGCUACUUCCUCUUAUUAAGUGGCCACAUCCUAACAUGCAUUUUGGUCAUGGUUGCAGGAAAAGGACUAAAGAUAGACUGCCAAGGUAGUUUGGGUCAAGUUCACUUCAGCAAGUCUUAGGCUACAGUGGGGUGUUUUGGGGUUUUUUUGUUUUGUUUUGGUUUUUUUUGCUUUUCUCCUCCAUCUGUGUGGUAUAUUUUUAAACAGAAUUUUAUUUUUAAAGGUUCUUUACAAGAUGAUACCUUAAUUACACUCCUGCAAUAUAGCCAUUAUUUUCUUGUAUAGUUCUAGUUACCUGUACUUUAUGUAAUAAAAUUGACAGGAUGGCUGCUGCAGAAUGCUGGGUGUUACAGGGAAUGUGUACUGCUAUUUUUCCCUGGAAUUUUUCCUUUUAAUUCCAGCUGUGGCCCUUUGUAUGUGCCUUCACUUUAGCUGUUUGCCUUAACCUCUACAGUCUUGCUCUCCAGGGUGGUUAAUAAAAUGCAACACUUGGCAUUUUUUAUGUUUAAAAAAACCAGUAUUUUAUUUAUAAUAAAAUCUGAAUAUUUGUAACCCUUUAUAUGUGGUGUGGCCUGACUGUGGUGUGGGGAACAUAAGAUAUUUUUAAAAGUACAACAAAUGGAAAGCUGCUCAUAAUGUCUUCCUCGGGUGACUUGUUUUCUUGAAGACAGUCCAGUACAUUUUUUUUUCAACCUUUCUUAAAUUGGGGUAUUUUGGUUUAGUCCAGAAGCUGGCAAACUUCUUUUCUCUGAAGAGCUAGAGAGUAAGUAUUUUAGGCUUUGGAGGCCAUACGUUCUGUUUACAACUACUCAAUUCUGCUAUUGUAGCUCCCAAUGGACAAUAUGUAAACAAAUUAUCAUGGCUGUGUUCCAAUAAAGCUAUUUACAAAAACAGGCCAUGGGCCUGUGGGCUGAAGUUUACUGGA